GGUUAUUUUCAUGUGUCUGUGUAAGUUGUAUGCAAUGUGAAAGUAGAUGUAUUUAGUCUGUUUCGAUGUCUUUAAUGUUAAAUCCUGUUUUUACAAUAUCGCAUUUGAUUGUUUGACGAGUAAUCGCUACUUAGACGAUGCUCCAUUUAUCAUGUAAAGCACAACUUAGAUAUCCGUCGUCGGUAAGAAAAGCGCCAUCUACAAUGUAACAAUGGCGGAAGGACCGGUAGCACGUUUGCAACAACUGGAGAACAUCGAGAAAGAUAUUGCGACGGCAAUUCAAAGUGCCGGUCAGGCCCUCCAAGAACUAUCCAAGGACAAGCCUGUAUUAAAACAAGUGGAGACUCACACUACCAACUUCAUGAAGAUAUUGAUGGAGGUAGAGAAAAAACUAACACAGCAGAUUAACUACCUGACUCAGGUAUCUACAGGUCAGCCCCAUGAAGGGUCAUCCUACGCUGCCCAGAAAGACCUCACACUGGCCUACCAUCGUAUGGACCACAUCAGAAGUCGACUGAUGGAUCUUGGCAAACUACAUAUUGAACACCAGCAGGCACAGAGGCAACUUUCAAUGACCAAGGGCCCAAAUGUUCCAGGGCAGAUGGGUGAUGGCAGCUAGGGACUUUGUCUCUGACUUAAUGUAUAAACUAAUGAUUUGAGUUAUAUGCCCUUGAGUGCAUGACUGGACUUUUGCCAAUGAAGAGGUAAAAAAGAAAACUGAUAAAUCACAGAAGUUUCCUACUGCAGUGGCAUAGUCUACGGUUAUUUGUGGUUGAGAAGUUUCCUACUGCAUUGGCAUAGUCUAUGGUUAUAUGUGUCAGAGAAGUUUCCUACUACAGUGGCAUAGUCUACGGUUAUAUGUGUCAGAGAAGUUUCCUACUACAGUGGCAUAGUCUAUGGUUAUAUGUGUCAGAGAAGUUUCCUACUACAGUGGCAUAGUCUAUGGUUAUAUGUGUCAGAGAUGCAUGGACAUGGGACACUGUAGGAGUCCCAAACAUUGACUGAGAAAAA